AUGGAAAAUCAAUACACAAGCCCUCAAGGGCAGUUUUACUUUCACCCUGGGCAUCCAGCCACUCCAAUUCAGAUAUAUUCGCCUCAAUAUCAUCAUCAGGCAUACGGAAACUCGCAGCCCUCUACUCCCACACCUUCCCUUCUCCGACGUUCACACAGCGAAGCUUCGUUUGGGCGCCCAGUUCGCAGAUAUCGCACGACCCAGCAAAAACUAGAGACAUAUCUGGUGCUGCUCAUAGACCAUGAAUGGACAAUUGGGGAUCUCCUAUACCAUUUGUUCAACUUCGAAGCUGGCUCGAAGAAAUCUGGACCACUGCGUAGUGAACGGCAUGCGCAAAUGGUUAGUAAAUUCCUUAGGGGAGAGUGUGACUUUGGAGUUGGAGUAAUCUUGGAUUUGUGGCUAAGAAGUCCAUCGGCAAUCCCAGCAGAAGGAGUAGAAGAGGAGGGGAAACUUUACUUGACAACCGCUGAGUAUCACAAACUCAAAUCGGCUUGGCCCGCAAUCACAACACUUGCUGCACACCUUGUCUACAAGCAAUUUGAUAAAGAACUGCGCCAGGUUGUUAAAAAGAAGAGUGGGCUUCACACCUUUUCAACAAAUGGAAGCCCUGUACCGCUUGACAAUUAUGGCUCAAAGACCUUCCUCAGCGCUGUCAACACAUUCAAAAAGGUUCAGCCACUUACAUGGGACAUCAUUUUGCGCCUUGCUACACCAACACCUCGUCGGAAGGCUGGUCAGGAAGUGAUAGUAAGACGGAUUGAGCGCCCCCCUGAACUGGUUGCGGCAGAGUUGUUGAGCAGUCUCGCAUUCACCCGAAAUCGCUACGCCAAACUGGUUCCUGCAUCAAUCAGCUUUUUAUACUUUGCCUGCUCAGCCAAUCGAUACAUGUAUUCUCUUGGAAGCCGUAUUGCGAUGACAACAAGCUAUCAUGCAGUCUAUGAAGCUUUGAAGAAACAGGCUGCACAUGACCAAGAAGCAGUGAGGAAACUCGGCUCAAGUUUGACAACAGCAAUCAUGCUCUGCUUGGAUAAUGUCCAAGUCUAUGUCAAUCCACGCGACCCUCGUCUCGCACGUCAGGCCCAUAUGUUGCACGGUACAGCUGGGACUGGCUUCGUUGUCGAGAAUUUCAAUCCGUCUGCUCUGGAUCUGUCGAAGAAACAUGCAAGACUUGCUGAGAACAAACGCAAAGAUCUUACAUGUGGCGGCAUUUGGGCAAACAUCAACCAUCAACAUCUUGAUACAGUAUGCAUCAUACAGUGGCUUCAUACGCUUGUUGAGUAUGUUCCUCAGCUAUCAUCAUACAAGUCAGCCGUUCAAAAUCUCUACGCUGGUGAUGACAAACAAUGA